AUGGAUAAAGAGUAUAGAGAAACAAUAUGGAGGAUGGAAGAAGAUCAAUCAUUAAAUCAAAGUGAUAGUGAUGACUUUAGAGAUAUAUUAAGUGAUCGUUCAACGAGUAUUGAUGAAGAAGAUGAUAGUAUUGAUAAUUCUAAACCUAAAACUAGAAAACUUCCUGAUGCAGUGAAAAAACUUAUUGGAGAAGCUUCAAUGUGUUAUGUAAAGAAAGAAUAUUCACAAGCAACAGAAUAUGCACUUGAAGCAAUUAAAAUUGCACCACAAAUACCAGAUAGUUAUCAUACAUUAGGGAUGAUUUAUACAGAUUUAGGAGAUACUAAAACUGCACGAGAAUAUUUUAUGAUUGCAGCACAUAUAACACGUACAGAUGCAGAAUUAUGGAAACGACUUGCAGAUAUGUUUAAAGAAGAUGGAGAUAUGGAACAAUAUUAUUAUUGUUUAAGUCAAGCAGUAUUACAUGAUUCGAAGAAUGUAGAAUUAUUAUGUGAAAGAAUAGAAAUUGGAAAAAAGAUGGAAGAUUCAAGGGGAGUAUUAAUGACAUUUCAAUAUCUUAUUUCAUUAGAUGGAUCACCAAAUACAGCAAAACAAAUUGUUAGUGCAUUAAUUAGUGAAAAAAGAAUGAAAGAUGCUAGUUCAGUUGUACUUGGAGCAAUAAAACAACGAAUGAAAGAAAAUAAAAGUAUUGAUUUAGGAUUAGCUAAUGUAUGUAUGGAAUUAUUAUUAGGAAUAAAUAAAUUAGAAACAUUUCAAGAAUUUAUUAAAGAAUAUUUUAAAUUUGCAGGGAUUAAUGAAGAAAAUAUUCCAAUAGAUAUGAAAGUUAAUUGUUGUAUUUGUAAUAUUAGAUUAGGACAAAAAGAAGAAAGUCAAAAAUGUAUUGAAAUGAUGAUACAUUCUACAACAAUAGAAAAUGUAGAUUUAACAAUAUAUAUUGCAAAUGAAUUAAUGAAAGUAAAAGAGUAUGAAAGAGCAUUAGAAUUAUUUGAAGUAAUUAGAAAAGUUAAUGGACAAGAUAAUGCAAUGAAUUUAGGGAAUUGUGCAAUAUGUUCAUUUAAUUUAGGAAAAAAAGAAAUUGGAAUUAAAUUAGCAGAAAAAGCAUAUCCAGAAAUAACAUUUAGAGGAGAUAUUACUAUUCUUCUUAUGAGACAAUAUUAUAAGAAAAAAGAAUAUCAAAAAGUAUUAAAAAUAAGUGAGAAUUAUUUUUUAAGUUUAGAACAAGGAAUAGAUGAUAGUAUAUUUGAAGAUUUAGAAGAACAAGAAAAUGUUGUUGAAAUUCUUAGACUUAAAAUGAAAGCAAAUUAUGGAUUAGAAAGAUAUGAAGAAUGUUAUGAAUCAUUUUUAUGGUUAUUUGGGAAAUUAUUACAAAAAGAAGAAUUAGAUCUUAUUCGAUCAAGAAUUAAAUUAUUUAGAUUUACAAAAAAUAAAAAAUGGAGGAAAGGAGCAGUUUUAAAUCUUCUUGGAAUUGAAUUACCUGAAGAAGAUAAAGAAAUAACAAAAAGAAUUAUAGAUAUUGAAAAAGAUGAAAAUAGAUUAUUUCAAACAAGAAGAAAAAGAAGAAAAGGAAUAGAAAAUAAUCAAGGAUCAAUUAUUACAAUUACACCUCCAAUGCCAAAAGAUGGAUUAGUUUGGGAAAAACAAGGAGAAGAAGAAAAUAAAAAAAAAGAAGAAGAAAUAAAUGAAUUUACUGAAAUAAAUCAAAUAGAAAGAAAAACAAGAAAUGUAGAUAGAGAUAAUAAAACAGUUAUUGAAAUUGCAGGAGUUUUUGUAUUACUUGAAGAAGUAAUUGGAAUUAGAAAAAUAAAAAAAUAUAUUAUUCAUCAUAUUAAUUGUUCUGCUCAUCUUGGAUUAAUGGAAGAAUGUAAAAAUACAUUAGAAAUAUUAAUUGGAUUAUAUAGAAGUGAUGAAGAAAUAGAAAUAUAUUUAAGAAUGUCAUAUAUUAAUAUUGCUAUUGCAAAUCAAUAUUAUGAUGGAGCAAUUUUUCAAUUAAAAUCAUUAGGAUUAUUAUUACCAAAAAGAAAAGAUAUUUGGUAUUAUUUUAAUAAAGUUAUUGUAUUAUCUAAAAGACAAACAAAUCCUACAUUACUUAAAUAUUUUACUAGAAUGCAUCAAAAAUAUCCAAAUGAAAAAAUAAUUACAGUUAUUUUAGGAAAUUUAUUUUUAACAACAUGUCAAUAUAAUAAAGCAUUACAACAAUAUUUAAGUGUUUAUGAAGAAGAAAAAGAAUCUGCUGUUCUUAAUUUAUCUAUUGCUAUGGCUUAUUUAGGAGAUGUACCUAAUAGAAAUACAAUGGAUAAAUCAAUUGCAUUUGCAAAUACUUUAACAUUUAUGAAAAGAUAUCUUAUAUUAGGUCAUUCAAAAAAAGAAUGUUAUUUUAAUAUAGGUAGAAUGUAUCAUCAACUUGAUAUUUCUUAUCUUGCUUUAUAUUAUUAUGAAUAUGCAUUAUCAGUUCUUCCAAAUAAUCAAAAUGAAUCAUUACUUGAUAGAGAAAUAGCUUAUAAUCUUUCUUUAAUCUAUUAUAAAUCUGGAAAUAAAAAUCUUUGUAUAAAUUUACGUCAUAAAUACCUUUCUUUUUAA